AUGGCGCUUGCUCUGGUCUAUGAUCGACCCAAAGAGAAGCAACGCAAAGAGUUCCUGCUGGGCCUCAACGAUAUCAGCAGUGAGGCAAAGAAGAGGGCAUUGGCUUUGACAACCUCCCAGGACGAGGAAGACAUUGACGAGCCAUUGCGGAGAUUAAGGCGUUCAGUGCUAAUCUGGAAAGAUGGUCCUUCGCCUGAUUCAGACUUUGAGCCCCAGGAAGCUGCCAACCAUGCAGCAGAUGCCGGGAUCAGCUCCACGAGUUCCACGGGAAGGAGUUCCAAUGAGGCCGUCCCCAUCACCCUAUGCCGUGGCUUUCAUGCCUGGCGGCUUCUGACCAACAGCACCUUUGUGGGCGAGCGACUGUCCAAGGCAAUGUGCUCCAUGCGCCACAAGGAGCUUGGCAGACAGGAAGCCCAUCAAAUAUUCCUGGCAUGGAACCUCACUGCCUUGCAAUUACAAGCCAGCCAUCGUUUACUUCAGGCACGGGCAUCUGCCCGAUCGCAUCAACUUCAGAUGCACGUGCUUGGUGCCGUCUUCAGUGACUGGAGCCGAGAAGCACAAGUGGCAUCACGUCGGCAGCUUCGAGUGAAUGCCCAGGAGGAACUGUGUACAUCCGUCGUCCUGGCAACGACCUUCGCAGCAUGGAGGCAUGCAACCCUCCGGUCUGGAACCAUAAUUGGUUUGCUUCAGGUGACUGCAUCACGUCGUGCACGGGAUGACCAGAUGCAAGUGCUUGGUGCCGUUUUCAGUGGCUGGAGUCGAGAAGCAGAAGUGGCAUCACGUCGGCGUAUUCGAGCGAAUGCUCAAGAGGAGCUAGCUCCCUCCUUCCUGAUGGCAAUUACCCUCGCAGCAUGGAGGCAUGCAACCCUCCGGUCUGGAACCAUAAAUGGUUUGCUUCAGGUGACUGCAUCACGUCGUGCACGGGAUGACCAGAUGCAAGUGCUUGGUGCCGUUUUCAGUGGCUGGAGUCGAGAAGCAGAAGUGGCAUCACGUCGGCGUAUUCGAGCGAAUGCUCAAGAGGAGCUGGCUCCAUCCAUCCUGUUGGCAACCACCCUUGCAGCAUGGAGGCGCUUGACUUCCAAGACCGUUGUGGGAGACAAGGUCUCCAAGGCAACCUGCAUCAUGCACUGGAAGGAGCUUGACGGACAGGUUUUGCUGUUGAUAUUCCUUGGUUGGAGACGUGCAAUGCUUCAGUCUGGAGCCAUCAACCGUCUCCUGCAGGUGCUCGGUUCGCAGGGUGAGGCCUCGUUCCUGCUGGCCCUCUUGCAGGGAUGGCAUGCUGCUGCAUGCCACGCACGGGCCAAGCGAGACUCCUUGAAGGCAGUUGCUGGCCUCCGAGCAAGACACCUGGGCAGACAGGCAACGCUGCAUGUCUUGACCUCUUGGUGGCACCUGGUGAGCACUUCCCAGCAACAAGUGAAAGUGGAGGGCACUCAAAACGCACUUCGAGCUGCCACCAGCAUUGCUGUGCUCGCUGCCACGUGGAGCGCCUGGAGUCGAUUGACCCAGGUGGUGCGGUGGCGCCUGCACCGGGUGAAUGCUCAGGAGGAACUCGUCACAUCUUUCUUGCUGGGAGCGAUUCUAGCUGCUUGGCGUCGCUUAUCUUCCAAGUCCAUGGCAGGGAAGAGACUUGCCAAGGCAAUGAGCUCGAUCCGCAAAGAGUUUCACGGCGAGGUGCUUCGGCUGACGCUCAGCGCGUGGAACCACGAAACGCAGCGAUCAUUGCGGCAGCGGGUAACACUUCACCAGGCGGCUUUCCAGGAAGCGCCCUUGGUGCCGGCCCAGUGGGAGGAGAUCCCUUCCAGGCAGCGGCGCCCAGGCACUGUAUCAUUGCAUCAAUGCUUCCAUGCUUGGAAACAAGGAACCAUGCUCCUGGGAUCGAAGAUUAUACACUGUAUGGAGUGGAUGUGCAAACCAAGCGCUAAGACCGUGCUUCGUGCCUGGUUCAUCCAGUGCCUCGUCAAAGUCCACAAGGCCUUGGUGCGAACGUCGGUGCGUGCGUCCAUUACGUCGGCCGUGAUGUCAGCGUGGAAGUUGCUUUGCUUCACCUCCAGCUUCAUCCGGAACAUGCAAAAGGCCACAGCUGAUGCAGGGUAUCAGAAGGACUGUGCAGAGAUUUUGUCGACCGUGCUCCGCGAAUGGCUGGCACAGAGCAAACCAAAGCAGGCUGAGAUUGAGCAGCUGUCCCUGGCCGCGGUGUUUUCCGGAUGGAAGCUAGUUUGCUCUGCAUCUGGUUUCCUGCGCAAAGUGAACCAGGCAGCAGCUGAUGCCAAAUACCAGAAGCUUUGCUCAGAAACCUUGUCCACAGUGUUCAACAUGUGGGCCGAAACAACCAAAGAGUCCGCAGCUGCCGCCGUGAGCACUCAACAAAUUGCAAAGCAGGCUGAGAUUGAGCAGCUGUCCCUGGCCGCGGUGUUUUCCGGAUGGAAGCUAGUUUGCUCUGCAUCUGGUUUCCUGCGCAAAGUGAACCAGGCAGCAGCUGAUGCCAAAUACCAGAAGCUUUGCUCAGAAUUUCUCGCCGAUGUGUUCAGCGAAUGGAUGGUAAUGACCCACGAAGCUAGCGUCGGUGCUCAGUACAGCCAACCCGUGGCGAGACAGGCCAAAAGGAAAGGAGCAUUGCUGGCGGCAGCGUUCUCUGCUUGGCGGAUGUUAUCUACUGAGCUGCUUGCGAGUCGCCGGGCAUCUUGUGCGUUGCUGGGAUUCUAUCAUUCCAUGGCAGCACUUUUGGACAGUGUGGACCACGGUUUUCUCCGGUUGGUUUGGUGUCGAUGGGCCAUGCAUGCAGAUGCCAAACUACGGUUGUCACAGAGAAGCGCAAAGGCCACAUCUUUGUUGGCCAGCGCCCUUGGCAGCGAAAUCAUGGGGCACGUUUUUCUGGGAUGGCGCGAAGCCACCAACGUCGCCAAGGUGAAGGCCGUUGCGUCACAAGAUGUGCGAUUGGGCAGGCUUAGAAUCAGUGAGCAUUGGAUCAAUGUGCUGGGAAGGGCCACCGUGAGCGAUUUGUUCCUCGCCUGGCGCUUCGCACACCGGCAGGGAGUGCUGUAUGAUCGCACUGUUGGCAGCGCAUUUGCAGCAGUGAUUCGCAGCCGCCAUAUUGCCAUGUCCCUGGUUUGCUUCACCCGCUGGCGCCAUGCACGUGAGGGUGCAGAGACAGUGCAGGAUCCCAAGGUUGGGAGGGCUGCAGCAUACAGGCAAGGAGCUUGCAAGGCAGCAUCAUUCCUCCUCGAACCUGGGUCAGAUCACUUCAAGUUUCUUGCUUUUGAAGGAGGUGACCCCUUGCACUACAUGGCACGACUGACUCUGACGUCCUGGAAGUGUUUGGUCUUUAAGUCCACGAUGCAUGUGGCGACGGAUUUCGCUUCCACAAAGCUGCGAAAGAAGUCUUACUUCUUUGUGUGGAAGGCCAUGGCACAACAACUGAAUGCUGUUCACUUCCUAGAGGCGCAGAGCAAGCCUGACUUGCGAAUCUUCUUGGCAGCAUGGAAGCUGGGUAGCGACAACCAGAUUCUUCGUCGACAGUUGCGGGAUGGAAUGGAGAUCGCUGUUGCGUGCACCUCUGCUGCGCUGAAGCAAGGCUACGCCUUGCUACUGCAGCGAGCUUGGGACGCCUGGGUUGGACAGGUGGAGGGAUUGCCUGCGACCCUGGCACGGCAUGGCACGUGCAGCUUGCCAUUGUGCACCCUCAAAGCGUCCUGGUUCAGAGAGGACCGUCAAUUCCAGCGAGCCAUGCUUCUUGCUUGGCAUAAAGCUGUGCUUGUCGAAGCUUUGCCAGCAAAGCUGGCACAGUGUACUAGCACGUUGCCAAUGUUGCCGCUGAAAUCAUCAUGGCUCAGAGAGGAUGUGCAGCUCCAGAGAGCUAUGCUUUUUGCUUGGCAUAUGGCUGUUCUGGUGUCCGCCUAUGCAUCGGAUUUGCGCUUGCUGCAGCAGCGGCUGGAAUCCGCAUCAUCGCAUAUUUUUCGCGUAAAGAGCGCUCAGCAGGCAGAACAAUUGGAAGCAUCUUUGCGCUGCUUGUUUCUUUGCUGGCGAGUUGCUGCGUUGCAAUCUUCACAGGAACAGCACCUUGGCAGCAUGGAAGGCCAAGAGCCAUGCUAUGUGGAGGCCACGUCGGAGUCAUCCAGCAGCGGCCUGUCAAGGACUUCACAGUUGGUGGCCUUGAGACAGGUGCUAAAUGCCUGGCACCGCGCUUGUGCACAGGAUGAGCAUGCGUUGGAGGAUGAGCGCAGUUUCAUGCUUCGCGAGUUGAACAGGCUUCAAGAGGAAAGUAGGCACCGCGCUAUUGACAUGCUUGAUGUGAUGGCUCUGUCUCGAGAGGCCGUUGCUUUGACCGCAGAGGCUGGUGCUGUGAGGCUCUCCGAGUGUUUGCCUUCACUUGCCUCCCUUCAUGUGGUUCCAAGUCUGGCUCAUGGUGUUCUGACAUGGAGGCCUUUAGGCCCAACUACCUUAGGUCCAGCUGGGCCCCGUUUCCGAUGCGAAAAGCCUGCUUGCGUCCGUGCCACUCACAGUGGUGGCGGAGCCAUGGAAGGUCCUGGUUCUGAAGGGGCGAUGCCCGUCUAUAGUGGUGGUAAGGAACCACCUCCACCUAGCUGGGAUGGAACAGACCCAGGUCUGAUGAUGGCCACGUUUGAGAAAAAUGUGAAGCUAUGGGAGUUUGAGUCGGAGCUUGACGCUUCGAAAAGAGGAGUUCGCUUGCUCAGGAACCUGACGGGCGUUGCCAGAGCAGUGGCCGAUACGUUAGAGUUUGAGCAGGUGGCAACUGAGCGAGGUGUAGCCAACAUCAUGGCAGCCUUGAAGACUCACUUUGCCCCCCACAUGGAAGUGAGCCUUCCCCGCGCCUUUGAGCGGGCAGUGUAUGGGCAGCCGCGAAGCAGUCGAGAAUCCAUGCAGGAGUACUUGAUCCGGCAAGAGCGAAACUUUCACUUGUUGGAGAAAGAGGGCUUGAAGAUGGACGAGACGGCUGUUGGCUACAUCGUCUACAGGCAGGCGUCACUGACUGAAAGUCAGGAGUUGAAGUUUUCGGCUUGGAGUGAAGGCCGAUAUGACUUGAAAACUGUCCAGAAGAACUUGCGCAAAUUAGAAAAGGUCGUGCAAGAGCACAAGGACCGAGCAAAGGGAUCUGCUGCCUUUGUCAUGGAUGAUGAGCACGUUGAUGUAGAUGAAGAGUUUGACUUUUUGGAUGAGAGCAACGACCAGUAUGUUUUCAUCGAGGAGUCCGAAGCGAAUCAGCUUUGGGACGAAGCAGAAGUUCAAGUAGCUCUUGCAACAUACCAAGAAGUCAGGAAAGCCAUCCAGACUCAGCAGAAGAAUCGGCAGUACUACAAGUCAGCACAGCGGGGCCCAUCUGGGUUCAAGAGUUUCAUGAAGGGCAAGAAGAAGAUCUCGAUAGAGGAACUGAAGCUCCGCACAAAAUGCGGGCGUUGCGGUUUGGUUGGUCACUGGGCAAAGGAGUGUCGAAAUGAGCCGGAUAGCAAAGGUAGGCAAUUUGCAGCUGCUUCGUCCGGAAGGGCAUCGGCAUCCAGUGCUCCGUCAGACCCACUGGAACCAGUUGAUAUGAGGGGCACUAGUUUUUGUUUUGUAGCGGCCAAUCAUUUUGACGGCACGCCUGUGAGAGAGAGCUGUGCCAGUGAGACACCAGAGAACUUCGGUGAGUUUUUCGUUGGUUUGACCACGGCACCAUGCCUUGGAGUGGUUGACACAGCUGCGCAAGACGGCCUGAUUGGCAGCAAAGCGCUUGAGAGGCUAAAAGAACAUCUGUCAAAUUGCGGUUUGCAGGUCAAGUGGACGGGGAAACAGGCAAAAGCUCAUGGUGUUGGAGGUCAAGCAAAGGUAUUAGGCAUCAUAGCAAUUCCCUUGGGCAUAGCUGGAAGUUCAGGAAUUUUAGAAGCCACUGUUGUCGAGGGUGAGAUUCCUUUAUUGCUGCCGAUCAAGAUGUCGAGACAGUUGCGUGCAGUGAUUGAUUUGGAGCAGUCAUGUUUGAAGUUCAGUGGCAUGGAGAAGUCAGUGCCGUUGAUUGUAUUGCCAAGUGGACAUGUCGCCAUUGAGAUUUUUCAGUUUGGAGACAGUGGAUUCAGAUGUCCAGUUGAAGCUGAGCAUGCAGGAUACAGUUGCGACGACUUCCGCAACACUUUUGCCCCAAAGAACACCGCGCAGUGUACUAUGGUAGCCCCAUUGUGCGCUUCAAACUUUGCGGCACUUGGCCAUGGAGCACUUGGCAUCUCUGCGACGAAGAUUCCAGAGCCGUGCAUCCGGCGAUGUGAGCAUGGGCGUCAAGUCGCCAAGGGCCGCGUUCAAUUCGAAGAGGGCAGUGAAGCACUGGCGAGUGAUCAUCGACAAGUUGAUCGUAGUGGAAGAUUUCCUCUCGCUCGAGGAAUCGGUCAACUCAUGGUCGCCGGAGGUCACGGAGAAGCCCUAUGUGGACUAUUCUCGCGCUUCUUGCGAGCAGCUCGCAGACAUCAUCAAGUCUGCCGAGAGUCUUCCACCGUUGAAGAGCUAGACAAAGCCCAAUUUGGAGCCCGAGUGGUGCCCUCACCUGAAGGAGAAGUUGGUGGCCGGAGCGAACCAACAUGCAGCAUGGGUGUCAUGCACCGACUGCCACUCACGAUGGAAGGCACCACAGACAGUCAAGAACUUGGGCAGAUCAAAAAGCAAGCCCACGAAGUCAGAGAAGAGCCAGAGCCAAGCCACAACAGCUCAGAUAUCAGUGGAGGUGGAAGAGUUGAAGAAGGAGUUGCAGAUGAAGGAGCGACUGUUGAAGCAGAAGUCAGAGGAGCUGCAAAGUUGUCAGACCCAUGGAAAGACGAUGUUGGUGAGGAUGGAGCAGAAGUUGAAGGAGCAGAGUCGUUCCUUGGAAGUGUUGGAGCUGAUGAAGUCAGAGUAUGGCGCACUGUGGCUGGGAAAGGAGAAAUACCAGGCGGAGAAGGGAUACCACGACGGCGAGAUGUUCGUUUACGCCGAGAGGUGGUUGGAGCGACAGGAGGAGGUGCGUCGAUUGGACGAGGCCCUUCAACAGCAAGAACAGUUGGAGAAGUUACAGGAGACCGUGAGGCAAGCCAACAGUCGAAGUCGGACACGUGGGUCCAAUUGAGUGGGCCAGGCAAGCUGAAGACAAAAGUUGAAAAGCUCAGGAGAUCUGGGCAUUACGAGGUGGUGGAGGUCUAUGCGGUAGAUGGCAAUCAAGGCUAUGUCUUGGAGUCGGACGAGAUGCUUGAUUUUGAGGACUCUUGCGUUUUGAGGGUUCGACCAACAGAGAGAGGAGCUUUCGAAGAUGAAGUUCCUGAGGUGCCAGAGAGUGCUUUGCCCAAGAAAACCAAGAAGAAACUUCGAGCCGCUCACAAACACUUAGCAGACUCAGGAGUUUUUCCCGUUGCAAUCAGCGAGGUGUUCAGCCCACCUAGAAUUUCAGAGAGUGCAGCACAGAAGCGUUUGAAGGUUGGAAGAUGCUAUGAUCUUCAAACCGGGUUUGACUUGCUGAACCCUUCACAAAAACGUCAGAUGUGGGACGAGCUGGAAGAGGAUGAUCCUGAGCUGGUGACCUGUUCUCCUCCAUGCACUCCUUUCUCUCCUAUUUAA